UAUGUAACGAACUAUAUAAAGCGACGUUAACACAACAGUGGGCAGUACUAGAUAAAGAAUACAUUUUAGAAGAAAAAGGACUAAAAUUAAUGAUAAAAACCGAUAACCAGUAUAAAAUAUCCAAAUAUUCCAAAAACAUCUCAAGUGAUUGGGAAUCAAUGUUAUUUAAUAAAAUAAUAUACUUGAUUGAUGGUUUUGAUUGCAACUUACAAAUUUAUUCGGAAUAUAGCUUUAAAUUCAGAGAGCACUGCUACUUAUAACGUACCGACGUGUCAUUAUUUCCCUACAUUCAAGCAGAGUUUGGAGGGUAUAGCCUGGAGACAGGCUAUAGGUUAUUUACUUAGGUUAAAGUUGGAGAAAAAUAAUUAUUAUAAAAAAUAUUUAGAUGAAUUAAGUGUAUUUGCGAAGGUCUGCAAUGUAAAGUUUAGUGCCCAAGUCAAAUAUCAAAGCAAGUGUGAGUGGUGUAUUAUAUGUAAUAGUAAAUUUUGCAAUACCGAUGAUUGUCCUCGAAGAGUUACAAUAGUAGACUAUGAAUAUUUUUGUACUUACUCAAACAACGCCAAAGUCACCGAUUUAUUACGAUGGAUCAUUUGCUGUGAUGUACUAUCUAUUCAAUUUACUAUAGAUAACAAAUAUGAUAUUGGAGUAUGUACAGAUAACCAUAGAUGUCCUAUACACGUUAAUAGUGAUAAGUAUUUUUGUAAUCAUCGAAAAGGAGACCCAAAACUUAGUUUAGAUUAUUAUUUUUAAUGUUUCAUAAAAUUGAAUAAAGUUUAAAGAGUUAGCACUUUAUUUUUGUCUUAAUGUGUUUGUUUUAUUCUUAUUUCCAGUACCUAAAAAAAUUGACCUGGAGGAAAAAUUCUGCAUAAACUGUAGCGUAUCUAACUGUCGCUUCUUUCCUGAGUAUAAACAAUCAUUGGAAGGGCUGGCAUGGCAUCGUAUUGUACAUACACUUUUACUAAA